AUGGAUGCCAUGGCAAGCCAACUAUACUACACUUCCCCUGCAAAAUUCCCACUGCCAAGAGGAUCCUCAACCCAAAGGGCUCCCUUUUUGAGACAAUCCCAGAGAAUUAGGAGGACUUCGUCACCAUCAACAACAAAGAUAUUAGCUUCGGGAGGAAAAGGGAUUGAUUUGUUGGGGGAUUUUGGAGCCAUAGACUAUUUUCCAGCUGAGAUUGAGAGCAGCUUAGAUGAAAAAGUUAUAUGGAAUUUUCGUACCGAACAUAAGAUUCUGAUCCCAAAUGUCACCGCUCUGUCCCUGAAAAAAGGGUGA